CGAACCAUGUGGAUUUUAUUCCUGGGACUUCUCUGUUGUCCUGUAAUGAUGUGCCAACUCAGCCGUCCUAACUCGCCCCUGCUUGGUGGUUACCAAGAGGCUUGUCCUCUUGGAGAACAGAAUCUUCCGGAACUGAUAGCAGCUAUCAUGGCAUCCUCUCAUGAGAUUCUAGCACCUUUGUUGGCAAUGAAUUUGGAGCCAGAAAUCCUGCGGUUAGAGAAACAAGUCGUAGCGGGAGUGAAUUAUCGCCUUUUGGUGAGAUUUGCAAAUGGCAGUUGUCACAAGAUUGUGGUGUUCGAGCCCCUGUUACUCAGAGAUGAAAUCGAUGGUGAAUAUCGACAAAAGCCGAUGGAAGUGAAAUCAGUUGACUCCGCCGAAUGUCCGACUGGACCAGUCACCUGUCCCUUCAAAAGCUAACUAUCAAAUGCUUCCAGUUCAAUCACUCGAAACGUAAUCAACAACAAAUUCUCAUACAGUAUCUUAUCUCUUCAUUUUCACGUGGAUGUCGUUUAAAUUAUCCUCGUAUUCUGGUCAUAACUUGCAUUUGUUAUUCACCUGUACGCGGUAUUUAAUUCCUUUCGAUUUUUCCUCUUUGUACUCUUUCACCGAUUACAGUAGUCUGCGUUUCCAAAAUUAUUCUUCUUGAAGUUCACCGGCUUCUGUCAGUGCUACGGGUCCCGUGUGUUUUUCAAGCAACGCGUACACAGAACUCAAUUAACCUUUUUUCCCUUAUUAUACCUGUUUUCCGUUGGAUGUAUCGUUAUCCCUAACCCCACGGCUCCAAUUAAAUCUGAGAGUUUCUCAUCAAUCCAAGAUCGAUUGAUGCUGAUGAGGAGGUCUGAUAAUUUCCAAUAAAGGUUUCCUCCUCUCAGUGAAGUCAGCCUAUGCUG